CAGAGGCAGGUAAUGAAGAAUAAACUAAGGGAGAUUGGGGUGCAGGAGAUCACAUUACAAGGGUUACUAAGCACAGUAAAUAGGGCACAGGGUAGAAUUUUGAUGACUUUUUUUAAGGGAAGCAGGGGUUUUAAGCAGGAUUUGAUGUAUGAUGUGUGGUGUGUGUGUGGAUAUUAAUGUGAGGGGACAAUGUGAGUGAUGUGUAAGUUUUAGUGGGAAAAGGGAAUAGAUAACCUAUUAUCUGAUCCACACUCCGGAGCAGAAGGGGGCGGUAAUGCACCAAUAAGCUGGAUGCCAACCGCCGUUAAACUGGAAAGAAUAAUAAGAAGAAGGGUUUACGGUGGGACGAGUCUCGCGAUAGAAGAAAUCACGGAGAAACAUGGCAUCGCUGUAUGAAGGAUACACGUUGUGUGGAGUUGGAACAGUGCAAAAUUCCUCUAAUAUAGGGAUUCUGGGAGUUGAACAGGGCAGAGAUAUCGACCAUGUCCUCGUCACUGACUCUUCGAGAUUUAUUACCGUUUAUAAGGUGUCUGAUCAGAGGCCUACGGGCAGUUGGUCAGUGAAACAGGGACAGAUGAUCUCUUGCCCCGCUGUGUUUAACACGCAGUCCCAGGAAUAUGUGGUCGUUACAGAUGACAAGGUCGUCAGAGUUUGGAAUAAAGAUGAUGUCAACUUGGAAAAGGCUUUUAAAGCAACAGUUUCAGCUGAUGUUCUCAGAGUGCUGUCAGCUACUGACUCUGAGCCGGUGGUGCUGUUUUGUUGUGGGGCUGUCAGGUUCCUGGACUUACUGCUUGCUUCACCACAACAGCCCAUAGAGCAUGUUUUGGCAGAGGAUGAGAUUAUCAGGUCAGAGAUCACAGACUUCUGACUAUAACAUCCUUUUUAAUUAUGGCUUUAUAUUAUUAAAUUGAGUUCUGAAAACUUACUGGCUGGUGUUUUCAGUUGGUGAGUCAUAGCCUAUAAAUAGGUUUGUUCUGAUGGGGCUGUGAACAGCAGACACAAAACUAUUAAAUUCAAGAUGAGAAAAACAACUAACCAACUCAUUGUGUAUAUUCAGGAUGUGUAGCAACUCAUAAUGUAAUAACUGCACAUAAUGUAAAAACUGCAUAUAACUUAAAGGGAUGGGGAAAACAUAAAAAAAAAAGUAGGGCUGAGAGAUAUGGCCAAAUAUAUUAUCACAAAGUUGUUCAUAUCAGUCAAUUUCGAUAAUUAGCAUGAUAAAUGUCAUUUAUUUCUUUCAAGUUUAAAAGCAGAUUUUUGAUUCCGAGUGGAAGAUGGCGAAACCAUUGUUUUCUCAUCAGACUGCUCUUUCACAAAUUAAUAGUACAUGUUUUGUCUUUUAGAAAAUCACGCAUUGCACCUCACUACCAUGGUUAAAAGUAGGGGUGG